UAUGGUGGGAGGUGUUGUUGGUCACCGUGUAAUUCUGAUUAAUCGCUCCCACCGUUAGUCGUUCUCAGUCGUUCGCGAUGUCCACCUCUGCCCCGUUGGGUGUCGUGCAGGUGAAUCGUUCCCGUUCGGAGACAGUUCUCUCGCUGGACGGUGGUUGGCCUCCAAGGUCACCUCCACCAUCCCUUUCACCGUUUGCUGGAUGGCCACGAGCCAAUAAUGGGUACGGUCGGUUUGGUGCGAGGCCAGUUAUCCCGGGUCAACCGGCGUGGAUGAGUGGAUCGAGUAGUGCUCUACCACGCACCGGUAGCCGUGAUGAGGUAAAGCUGCACAAAAGCCUCGAAGAAAUUUCGAAGGACAUACGCGAAAUCGAAGACUUUAUCAGUGUGACGGAGGACAUUUUGCGGCGGGAACGCGAACAAGACGAGCAGAUAUCGCUACGCGAAAGGCAGCGAAAAGCGGCCGAACGGACUAUGCAGCUGAUUCGCAACAAGUGUAGUCCGACGAAGAAAUGUUUCAAUCGCGUCAUCAAAACGCCAGACGGUCAAAGGAAGGUACUGCGCUCACCGACCUACAAGGUGAACAUUACCCAGAAACGACGCAUUAAAUCGUUCAGCCCGAAGGGUGGCUACAAGUCGAAGCUGUACUUUCGGAACGGAAAGAUAGGCUGUCAGGAGGCGGAAAAUGCAGUUUCCAACCUGAGAAGUACGCACGAACUGGUCAAGCGGAUUAUUAACGAUGAGAACAAUAUGCUGGUGAAGCUGGAACAUCAGCACUACUCGACGGGCGAGCAUGAUGGGCUUGAUUCCAGAUCUAGCUCGGUAGACACACCGGUGGAAAGCUUGCAGAUGUGCGUAACGGAAUCGGCAGGAACGUCACUGUGUGAAGACGAAUCCUCACCACCUCCUGUUCCGACAGUGUCCAGUGACGGUCCGAAUGUGCUUCACAGCCACGAAUGUCAGCCACGGGUUGAUGACACCCAAGUCAUCGAGAAUGCUAAUGGGAGCUCUAUAGAACCGUUGGAGGAUAGGCGGAAUUCGGAGGCUCUCUCGGAAAUAACACCAACAAACGGGAAUGAUUUCGUUACCGUCCGUUUGCGGCAUUUGGCCAACCGAUUCUCGGAGCGAACUAGGAAGAUGCGCAGCAAGAUCGAAAUUCCUCCAACACCGUCCAGCAGUGCCAGUGCUCCAUCAACGGCGCCCUCCAUGCAGAAGCACAGCGUGAACCAACGUACGAUACAAAACUCCGCCUUAACGCUUCAAUCUGCCACCGAUACACCGGGUUGCAGCCACUAUCUAUUCUGUCCCAUCUUUUGCUGCGGUGGCCGUAGCGAUAAUGUGCUCGAUCCGCAAGGAAAGUUCUACAUUGCCUGGCUGUUUAUUGUAUCGCUUUCGUUCCUGUACAAUGCGUGGGUCAUACCGUUGCGAUCGUCAUUUCCGUAUCAAACGCCGGAAAACACCAAAUAUUGGAUUGCGAUGGAUAUUUGUGCGGAUGUUAUCUAUCUGCUGGAUAUACUGUUUGUAAAGCAUCGCUUGAUGUACCUGUACGAAGGAUUUUGGGUGAAGGAUAAAAAUCUCACACGGAAGAACUAUAUGCGUAAGCUACAGUUUAAGAUGGAUCUGUUGGCGUUGGUACCGUUAGAUUUGCUAUAUCUACGCUUUGGAACCGAGCACGUGGUAUUCCGUGCUCCGAGACUACUGAAGAUACAAAGCUUUUGGGAGUUUUUCAAGCUGAUCGAUCGAGUCAUUUCAUCACCACACAUUAUACGUGUAGUGAAGACGCUAACCUACAUGCUGUACAUGAUACACCUGACUGCGUGUGCUUACUAUGCUUACAGCGCCUAUCAAGGACUCGGUUCCAAUCGCUGGGUGUUCAACAACAAGGGACACGCAUAUGUACGCUGCUUCGCAUUCGCCACCAAAACAGCAACCUCCAUCGGCAAAAACCCCAAACCGGAGAAGGAGGGUGAGCUAAUGUUCAUGACCGCCGCCUGGCUGAUGGGUGUGUUUGUGUUUGCGCUGCUUAUUGGUCAGAUACGGGACAUUAUAGCGACGGCAACACGUUCCAAAUCCGAGUACAAGCAGCUCGUCGAUGAGACGCUCGAGUACAUGCGUCGCCUUAACCUACCAACCGAUCUGCAGCGGCGGGUAAAGAUGUGGUUUACCUUCACCUGGGAGCAACAGAAAUGCUUAGACGAAACGCACAUAAUGGAUGCGCUGCCAGCCAACCUGAAAACCGACAUCGCUAUCUCGGUGCACAUUCAAACACUUUCCAAAGUGCAGCUGUUUGCCGACUGCGAGGAAGCAUUGCUGCGGGAGCUUGUACUGAAGCUUCGCUCGGUAACCUUCCUUCCAGGGGAUUACGUGUGCCGAAAGGGUGAGGUAGGGAAGGAGAUGUACAUCGUAAAGACGGGCCAGGUACAGGUGAUGGGUGGCCCAAGGAAUGAUGUGGUGCUAGCGACACUUUACGAGGGCUCUGUGUUUGGUGAGAUCAGUCUGCUAGCGAUUAAUGGCGCGGAAGGAAAUCGCCGUACUGCGGAUGUACGAUCGAAAGGAUUCUCCAACCUGUUCGUGCUUUCCAAAUCGGAUCUAAACGAAGCGAUCGUGUACUACCCUAACGCACAGGCCAUCCUGAAGAAACGUGCCAAGAGUUUGAUGCGCAAGAAUGCAGCUCGUGAGAAGGCCGAAUCGCAGCAGAGCAUCGACACGAAGGACAGUGAGGCGGAUGUAGUGAUCCGAAAUCCACAGGAUCCUACCUCACCAAAGUUGCUGAAAACGGUUAUUCAAGCGUUGCCGCAGGAAUCUGCUGCCGUACAAUUACUAAUGCAGGGCUUUAAAACGAUCGAUCCAACGGUGGACGAUGAACCGGAGCAACAGCCAAACCAGGAUGGAACUUCUGAGGAGAAGACCACGGAACCGGAUCGCGCGGAAACGGGUUCGAUGCGUAGUGUGGAGAUCACGCAUACGACUGAGGUGCAAAUUGAAAAUGAAAAGAACGUAGAAUUGCCAUGCGAUUUGGUGUACAGCAUCAAGAAAGAGCUGAUGGAAAACAAUAGCUACAUCAAUCUGACUGAUGCGGAGAAGUAUAAGCUACUGCACGAACUUUCGAAGGAUGAGUACGAGGGUCAGGAAAAAUCGUCUGUUUAA